GCCCCUUAUUCACAAGAAGUGACAUUGUAGUUGGCUCCACGUUGAAGCGCACAACUCGGUCAGCAUCUUUCCCGGCUGGUUUCUCUCUCUGCCGGAGGACAACAAGACAGUUUACUAUUGUUUUUAUUUCCAACAACUUUUCACCUCGUUUAUGAGCUCAACAUGACGUUCAGGAGGCUGAAGAAGGUGAACUCCAGCAGGCCAGAGAGUGGACCCACAUCUCAAGACAACGAGAUUUAUUUCACCUCGUCAAAGUCAGACAGCUACAGGACUGUGGACUUACCGACAGACUCCUCGGAGGUUUACAACUACAAGACUUUGGCUUACUCUGGUGGGACGCUGCCCAGAAACUUCAAAAAGGGUGGCGGGCUGCAGAAGUGGAAACCCCUAACACAGUCACCAGAACCACAAAGAAAGGUGGUGGCCCUGGAGAAAAAGGAAGAGGAGUCGUUUGGUUUCGAGAUCCAGACUUACGGCCUGCACCAUCAAGACCAAAACUCGGUGGAGAUGUGCACGUUCGUGUGUAAGGUGCACAAUGAGAGCCCGGCCCAGCAAGCAGGACUUAAAGUUGGGGACACCAUUGCAAGUGUGAACGAGACCACCGUGGAGGGAUUUCGGCACAAAGACAUCGUUCAGCUCAUCAGGGCCUGCGGAAACACACUCAGGCUGGAGACGGUUUAUAGUGACUCAAUCCGAAAAGCGGAGCUGGAAGCACGGCUGCAGUAUCUGAAGCAAACUCUUCAUGAGAAAUGGGACGAAUAUCGGUCGUUGAUGGUGCAGGAGCAGAGGCUUGUUCAUGGUAUAGUAAUGAGUGAUGCUGCGGUGUACGAGUCUCUGGAGUCAGCAGGUGUGUACGGCAGCCUCGGCACUCCCAGCCCCGCCGCUCAAAGAGCCCUCCGCUGCACCGGCAGCACCAGCAGCAGCGCCAGCUUUCUCAGCACGGCCACCGAGGACGACCCUCUCUACCAGACCUGCCUGUACAAGGCAGACGGCAGCGUGGACUCAGACAACACCAGUGCAGAGAAAAAGAAAGAGCAGCAGCCCCCGCCGCAGAGACAGCAACGUCUCCGACCGGCUAGCGAGCUCUUCACGACGGCCAAGACGCAUCUGACCCGCAGCGCCAGCACACGCAGCUACAUGAGGGCAUCUUCGUCGUCGACAUCCACCUCGGAGGAGAAGCAGGGAGGAUUCAACUCGCUGCAGAGGAAGCCCAAACAGAAAAGCUUCCGGAGGCGAAUCCUCAAAUUCAUCCCGGGCUUGAACCGACCGCUGGAGGAGGAGGAGAGCAAACUGUGAGCAGCAAACAGAGCUGUUCACCUAAACUAAACAGUGAACCAACCCAAGACUUAAAGCACCAGUGAAAAAAAAAAACUGCCAAAGAAAAAAGUGCAAGUAGCCCCAAAGAGUGAAGAGGCUGAGACCAAAGUGUAAUGGCUCUAUAGUUGCACCUCUCCAUGUUUGAAUGGGUAGACCAAUGAACAUUUGGCUACGUUCUGUAGCCUUCUGUGUUUCACAGCUGUACAUAACUUUUGUUUCCAUUUGUUUUGUUCUUUAAGUUAUUUAUUUAUUUUAACGUGUCGGAAUGAAGGAUUUUUCAGUUUUUACUGCAUGCUCUGACUGUUAUUUCGACAGCUGAAUAAAUGACCCGUUAUCAUUGUGAUUGUGCAAACACAGCAUUUUGUAAGAGACACAUUUGUUAUCUACUUUAGACGAUUCAGAUUGAUCCUGUUUUAUUUUUUUCCGCCUAAGUCACGGUUCCUAAAAAUAAAAUAUGUGGCAACUACA